ACUUUCUCUUCGUCCAUUAACCACGUCAAAAUCACCUCGUUAUAUCUAGAGAUACCCUCCACUGCAUUUCGAUAUUGAAGCCAUCAAAUUACCGUCAUCCAUACGAAUUACAGUCGAUGCAAUAGAUUUACGAUGCUUAGAUUCGAUGCGCUUUACGCCGACAACAAUCAAUAACUAUUCAGCUGCAGCAGAGUAGAGGGAACUGACAGCCGGGUUAUCAGAUUUGCAACUUGAUACUUCUGCAGAGAGAGACACUCUACGAAUAUUUGAUAUCGAGUUCAUUUACCUAAUACAUCCGGUCCCCGCAUCCUUAACAGACACGACUGUACAUCAACAUGAGCCAGCCGCUGGCAUCAGUAGCGGACCAGCUGGCGCAGCUCGAUGCAGCUCGCAAGCUGGUUCUCGGCGAUUCUGCCUUUUAUUCGCAGAUCGUUCAGGGUAUCCUCCCCAUUGUUGGUGCUCAUGCCCGUGUCGAGCUCCGUCGCUGGGGUGCAGAUUUCCUCGCCGAAACCUUUGCUUCACCGGGCCUUUCUUUGGAGCAGAAACAGCAGUUAUGUCUAUUAGUCUUGCAGACGAUAAAGGAGAUAUUGGAAUUGCCCAGCGAGGAUGCUUCCGUGAUCAAGAGCAUGGUCCAAGCCUCAGCCAGCAUAUACCCUUUGGUUUUUAGACACAUAAUUGCGAAUCCUGAUGAUGCGCCAACAUGGGAGAAGAUGGCUGCUAUCAAGUCAAACAUUCUACGAAGGUGGGAUACGGCUCCUGCAGGCGUCCGGGUGUGCUGCAUCAAGUUUGUCCAGCGUGUUGUUCAGGUCCAAACGCCGGGUGCGCCGGCCGAUCCAAGGCGUGCUGAGCAAUCUGAGACCUCUUUAACACUUGUUCCUCGAAAUCAUCCGCUGAUCCCGACGACGAACCUCGAGGCCGAAACAUUCGGGCUGCUGGAUAGAAUGCUAAAUGUGUUCCAUGAAAACCCGCUUGAUGCGAUAUUGGUCAACGCCACUCUCAACUGUCUCGGCGGUCUCAUCCGUUCUCGUCCCUCCAUCUCGAACAAGAUCAUAUCUACCAUACUGAACUUCAACCCGCUCAAGCAAGCCUCUAUGCCGUUGACGUCAAAGGUCAAGGUUAUUGUAAAAUCGAUGGAGCGGACAACAAGGGCACUGCUGCUGAAUAUCAAUAAGAGGAAUCCCAAUGGACCAUUGGCCGGAAAGAUACAUCAAUACAUGGAGCGAAUGGCGCAGUCGCGACUCGAGUUCUUCGAUGAUGCCAAUCGGAAGCGCGGACCCCCGAUUGAACCUACCGAUGGGCUGGAUCAAGCCAAGCGUUUGCGCCUUGGAGCGGGUGUUCCUGAUACACCUACCCCAACAAUUACGGUUCCACCAUUACCGCCAGGGCCUGCAAGUUAUGCUCAGCUCUUCACUUUGACAAGAGACGAAGCAUUCAGGUCAUUUGACGUGUCGCAGCUCCCGAUCGACCUUGUUAUCAAGAUUGCACUUCCAGUCCUAUAUCGUCUAGACCAGAAAGUCCUAGACCCAGCAAUCAAUGGUCUUCGAGCACGAUACGACACCUAUGUAAAACAGCAACAACGAGCGGCACCAAGAGCGGCACCAGUCGAUGAAGAUGACGAGGCAUAUGAGCCGGAUUUCGAACCUACCGAAGAUCCUGAACAGAUUAUGAACAAGCUCGACAAUGACGUUGAAGAACCUGAAGACACGUACGCGCCACCAGACGUCGCGCUUGGGCAAUUUGAGCUGCCCCCGCCUCCGCCAAUGAGUCAAGACGAAACCGCAAAUAUUGGCAGAGGCACUGUCGCGCGAGUCUUUAGCAUGAUGAAUAUGCUUGAUGAGUCUGGAUCAGCAGUCAGCAAAAAGACCAAAACAGGCAUCAACCGGCUAGCGGCAAGCAGUUACGAUCGCGAAGCAUGGCUCACAGUCAUUAUUCGUUUGGCCACACGGGCAUCCACUGGACUCGAUGACUACGACCCGGAAGCCAACAUCAAGACUGAAGAUGGACCAUCCACUUCCAUGACGAAAUCGACGGACAUUAGCCUGAGCGAUUCCAUUCGCGAUGCAUUAUAUCUGUAUUUCAUCGAAGAUUUCCGUCGACGCAUGGAUAUCGCAAUUGCCUGGCUCAACGAAGAGUGGUACAACGAGCGUGUCCAGAAAGAGAAUGGAAACGACCCGCAGCCUACAUAUGAGAAGUGGGCCUUGAAGAUUAUAGACGGAAUCCUGCCCUAUCUUGACGCAAAAGACAAGAUGCUUAUCCGGCUACUUUCCGAAAUGCCCGCCGUGAGCGAAGCAGUCUUGGAGAGGGUAAAGAAGUUGGCCGGCGAUCCAGAACGUGUUUCACUGGCAGUCAAUUCCUUGCACUAUCUCAUCUUAUUACGCCCACCUGUUCGCGAUAUUUGCAUAGAUGCACUAGAAGAUUUAUGGAGAAAUUACGAAGACGCGCGCUCCUCUGCUGCAAAAUUACUUGCCAGAUGGCGUCCCCAGGUUUUGCAACAACAGCAACAGCAACAGCAACAACAAGAUCAAGUUGGAGCCGUCACGUCCGCAUCAAAUAGCGCUACUCCUGUACCUGUACCUGUUUCUGCCCCUGCUCCUGCUCCUGCUCCAACUCCCGCCCCUUCCUCUUCUUGAAGAUAUUCCUCUUCUUGAAGAUAAUAGUCUUAAUUGUACUCUUCUCUACUUUUUAUCCCCCCUCCGUGACACACACUGUUUUGGUCACCCCUUGAGCAGCUGGUUUCUUGAGCGUGCAUUACUAUUAUUACUAUUUUGAGAAGGAAUAAAAGCGGGGUAACAUGGGAGGAAUAAGAAACACAGUGGAUUCACGGUCUCACGGUCUUCAUGGUAUUUCAGGGGC